AAUGGACAGCAAAUUAUGGAUGAACCUAUGGGAGAGGAGGAGAUUAAUCCACAAACUGAAGAAGGCAGUAUCAAAGAAAUUGCAAUCACACAUCAUGUAAAGGAAGGACAUGAGAAGGCAGAUCCUUCCCAGUUUGAGCUUUUAAAAGUAUUAGGGCAGGGAUCAUUUGGAAAGGUUUUCUUAGUUAAAAAAAUCUCUGGCUCUGAUGCUAGACAGCUUUAUGCCAUGAAGGUAUUGAAGCAGGCCACAUUGAAAGUUCGAGACCGUGUUCGGACAAAAAUGGAACGUGAUAUCUUGGUAGAAGUUAAUCAUCCUUUUAUUGUCAAAUUGCAUUAUGCUUUUCAAACUGAAGGGAAGUUAUAUCUAAUUUUGGAUUUUCUCAGGGGAGGAGAUUUGUUUACACGCUUAUCCAAAGAGGUGAUGUUCACAGAAGAAGAUGUCAAAUUCUACUUGGCAGAACUUGCACUUGCUUUAGACCAUCUGCAUAGCCUGGGAAUAAUCUAUAGAGACUUAAAACCAGAAAACAUACUUCUUGAUGAAGAAGGUCACAUCAAGUUAACAGAUUUCGGCUUAAGUAAAGAGUCUAUUGACCAUGAAAAGAAAGCAUAUUCUUUUUGUGGAACCGUGGAAUAUAUGGCUCCAGAAGUAGUUAAUCGUCGAGGUCAUACUCAGAGUGCUGACUGGUGGUCUUUUGGUGUAUUAAUGUUUGAAAUGCUCACUGGUACAUUACCUUUCCAAGGAAAAGAUCGAAAAGAAACAAUGACUAUGAUUCUUAAAGCCAAACUUGGGAUGCCACAGUUUUUGAGUCCUGAAGCCCAGAGCCUUUUGCGAAUGCUUUUCAAGCGAAAUCCCGCCAACAGAUUAGGUGCAGGACCAGAUGGAGUUGAAGAAAUUAAAAGACAUUCAUUUUUCUCAACAAUAGACUGGAAUAAACUGUACAGAAGAGAAAUUCAUCCACCUUUUAAACCUGCAACUGGUAGACCUGAAGAUACAUUUUAUUUUGAUCCUGAGUUUACCGCAAAAACUCCCAAAGAUUCACCUGGCAUUCCACCUAGUGCUAAUGCACAUCAGCUUUUUCGGGGGUUUAGUUUUGUUGCUAUUACUUCAGAUGAUGAAAGCCAAGCUAUGCAGACAGUUGGUGUACAUUCAAUUGUUCAGCAGUUGCACAGGAACAGUAUUCAGUUUACUUAUGUAUAUGAAGUAAAAGAAGAUAUUGGAGUUGGCUCCUACUCAGUUUGCAAGAGGUGUAUACAUAAAGCCACAAACAUGGAGUUUGCAGUGAAGAUCAUUGAUAAAAGCAAGAGAGAUCCAACAGAAGAAAUUGAAAUUCUUCUUCGUUAUGGACAACAUCCAAAUAUUAUUACUCUAAAGGAUGUAUAUGAUGAUGGAAAAUACGUGUAUGUAGUAACAGAACUUAUGAAAGGGGGUGAAUUGCUGGAUAAAAUUCUUAGACAGAAAUUUUUCUCUGAACGAGAGGCCAGUGCUGUCCUGUUCACUAUAACUAAAACUGUUGAAUAUCUUCAUGCACAAGGGGUGGUUCACAGAGACUUGAAACCUAGCAACAUUCUUUAUGUGGAUGAAUCUGGUAAUCCAGAAUCUAUUCGUAUUUGUGAUUUUGGCUUCGCGAAACAGCUGAGAGCAGAAAAUGGGCUUCUCAUGACUCCUUGUUAUACAGCAAAUUUUGUUGCACCUGAGGUUUUAAAACGGCAAGGCUAUGAUGCUGCUUGUGAUAUAUGGAGUCUUGGUGUCCUUCUUUAUACAAUGCUUACUGGUUACACUCCAUUUGCAAAUGGUCCUGAUGAUACACCAGAGGAAAUACUGGCACGAAUAGGUAGCGGAAAAUUCUCACUCAGUGGUGGUUACUGGAAUUCUGUUUCAGACACAGCAAAGGACCUAGUGUCAAAGAUGCUUCAUGUAGAUCCUCAUCAGAGAUUGACUGCUGCUCUUGUGCUCAGACAUCCUUGGAUCGUCCACUGGGACCAACUGCCGCAAUACCAACUAAACAGACAGGAUGCGCCACAUCUAGUAAAGGGUGCCAUGGCAGCUACAUAUUCUGCUUUAAAUCGUAAUCAGUCACCUGUUUUGGAACCAGUAGGCCGCUCUACUCUUGCUCAGCGGAGAGGUAUCAAAAAAAUCACCUCAACAGCCCUGUGAAUUGACCUCAGUGAGAUAUUUGGUACCAUGGUGUAAGCUGAUAGCACAAGUUCUGGCGACAGGUAGCACGUAUCUGAGAGACACCUGUAAGCACACACUGUCCCAGCUGGUACCCAUAAUGCUGCUGCUCCUGCUGCUGCUCCUGCUUUCGUCUCUUCUCGCUUUAAAUGAUUGUUAGCAAGUUAGAUUUUCCUGGAGCUUCGGAUGAAAUGAAAAUGGAAGCAUGGCGAAGAUAUAUUCACUGAAUCAACAAGAAAAAAAAUGAACAUAUGAAUACCACCUAAAAAUACACUGAAUAAAGUACUCUACACCAUAUAGCAUUAUUUUUAUAGGAAAUAUUUCAUGUCCCUUAAAUAUUCUUUGUUAGUUAUAGGGAUGGACAGUUUAUGUUAAGCACUUAGCUUAAACAAUCCGUUUAUAUUAGCACUGUAUCCCUUGUGCCAUCCAACAUUUUGUAUGUUUUUGUAAACAGUUCAUAUACAGUACAUUUCUGUACUGCUUUCUUUAAUGUAUACAUGCCUUGUUUAACUUGGAAUCUAUUAUUAUUAAUCAAUUGACUAUUAAAUCUGGUUAAAUAGUUCACCUGGAUUUAACAGUAUUGUUGGACAGCCCUAAAAAUGGCCAGAUUGUGGAACAGCUGUUGAAUGUAAUACUUUCAAAAUGUACAUAUCUUUCUCCACGUCUGUUUCACUGGUUUGUUCGUUUGUUUGUUUCUUAAAGUCAGGUGCUCUGUCAUACUAACCUAGAGAGCUGUUAUGGUAGAGAAAGUUAUAUAUGUGUGACAUGAAAUCAGGAGUACACCUAUGAAGUUAGUCCAUGUACUUUGCAACUCCUUAGGGUUCUUUUUUCCUUAAUUAAGAAAGUAGUCCUUGAACUUCCCAAUCGUAAUCUUAUGUAGCAUCUUUAUUUAGUGUUAGGCACAUAAUUUGGGAUUUUGCCAAUAUACAUCAAAGGCCUUUCAGAGUCAAGGUAAAGAAACUGGCAAGGGAAAUUUAACAGGUAAUUGAAGUCCUAUCGAAUAUUUCAUGUUUCAAUAGAUAAUUCUAUAUUAAACACUAAAUUGAAUGUAAUAAAGGCCACAGGCCUCUAUAUGAAAUUGAAUUUAAACUUUUUAUUCCAGGGAAUAAAAUAAUCUUAAUCAAACAGUAUCUGUUCUAACCUGAAAUAGCUAAGGUAGGAUAAACGAAUGUCAGCACUGAGGGUUUUCUGAAUCUCUCCUGAUGGUUUAUAGCUAGAUACUGCUUCCUUUGACUUCAGAAAUGAUCAGUUUUCCUAAUGGCCACUGUGUCUGCUGAGAUUGCAAUAUUCACUAUCUACAUAAAAUGUCAUAGUUUCCACAGUUUUAUUUGGUGAAAGAACCUCCUCCACCUGCUAUCACCUGUAUCUUUGCCAAGCUGCAUAGCAUACAUCUAUAUGUAAUGUAAAAGAUAUAUGAACAAGGAAAAAGUGAUUUAACUUAGCCCAUCAAGAAUGUGUCCAAAUAGACCUUUCUUAGUCAUAUACGGAAAUGUUUUACAUCAGAAAUUUUUUUUCCUGCCAGAAGCUUUGAAUCUUCCACUAAGAGUACAAAGCCAGGAGCAUGUGGUUUAUCUAAACAUCUUGAAAGCCACUCAUUGUUCCUUGGAAGCCACUUGUCCUUUCUUAAUGUCUCCCCUAUGCAAUUAAAAUGUUAUGGUGAAAUCUGUAACAUUCCUUUUGCCCACGUGGUACAAAAUGAUUAGUGCAUAAAAACUAAAUGUAACUGUAUGUUCUAGAUGAAAAUGUUUAGGAAGAGGGAUAUCAGAAGGUCUAGAUAGAGAAAGAUUUUUAAAAUUCUUAGUAUAUGGAUGCUAACUAUUAAAAGCUGUUUUCCAUUGCCUGGAAAGAAAGCUUUUGUUCUAUUCGGUGUUUCAAGCCAUGGUCAUCCCAAAUUCUUGUCACUCUUUAAAUGUUCAUGUGACUUUGAGCAGAAAAAAAAUACAUUUUCAGUUUUGUGCACUGAUGCUACUCCCUAAUUGCUUAGAUGUAUUGUCCAUCAUAGUCUCUCAGAACUAGAAGUAAAUAUAUAAAUCCUUAGAAAUUAUCUGGUUCAACUUUCUCAUAUUGCAUGAAAAAACCUGAGACCCAAAUCAAAGACUAGAGUUCUUAGCUUCUCUCAUUUUUUUUCCUUGUAACACCGUGCUGCCUUUCCUUCAUAUCACCUGACCAGUAGCUGAGUUCAAAAAUUACAUAUUUCUUGGGGCAGUCCUCUACUGGUACAUGAUGUCAGGUUUCUUUCUUUCAAAGAUAAUUGCCUUCUUUGCCUAGUCAAGCUGUCAGUUUUAUUGAAGAAAAGCAAGUUAUAUAUUCAUAAGCUUGAAGGCUUUCUGCCUGAAAAGCAGUUUAUGGGCAUAAUUUCUUUCAUCUGUGGUUCUGGUGUUCCCAUUGCUUUUGACUUACAGUGGACAAACUUGGUUAACAGUGUGCUCUAAAUAUAGUGCUCGUACUGGGUUAACCUUUCCAUUAAUUUCUCCGAGUCCAAUUCUUCCAGGCCUCUAAAGUGUGGUAUUGAGGCCCCUGAAGGCUUCCAACCUUCACCAGUAAUGCUGCCAGUUACUGGGGCUUCUCCCAGGAGGUGUCAAACCAGUCUUAAAGAUAUUUCACUGUGAAAGUAGGAACUAAACUAUUAGCUCGCUUUUACAAUCUUCCUCUUAGUUUAUCAUCCAAAAUAGUAUCCAAAACGAUAGCUUGCAUUUAACAUUGCCAAGCACAUACUGGAGGGUACAAAUUAUGCAACCAUGUGUUUUGUAUCUUCCCUUUUGAGUAAGGAUGUUAAAUUAAGGUAAGUUUUCUGUCUUUUGUCUUUUAUAAAUUAUUUCAGCUCUCUGGUUUAUCGAGAUGUCUUCUUUCUUAGUAGAGACCUUCAAUUUUUAUAGAUUAGAUAUGCAUGCAUUUAUUCAGAAGCAACCCCCAGAGCCAAAAAGUAAUAAUUUUGACAGCACAAAGUUAGGAUGCGGUGAGGCUUGUGAGUAAAGGCACUCACGAAUGUCUGGAAAGAGGGUGUGGUGGUUAUCGUGGUAAAGUUUCCAUAUCUCACAUACACCUCAAAGUGCAGGUGUGGGUCAGCCAUUUUCCAUCUAUAAAGAAGUGAUUGCUGAGGCAUCAUGAAAGAUGGGACUGUCCAGUUAGCUAUGCCCUUCACCCUCAGCCCAGAAAAUAUUUUAACAGAAGAGCGGGUUGGUAUAAAAACUACAAAAGGAGGCAGAAUAUGUGUGGCAGAAAAGGGACUGGGGUAGGACUAGCCUAGGAUGAGUGCAGAAAACAUUCAAGAUUUGGGGGCCUUGGUACAGAUGUCCUAAUCACUGUGGAGGUCUGCAAUAAACACUUCAACGUGGCUUUGAUAUUCUCUACUUCCUGGUCUUUAUAAAUGACCUAAAAUUUUUCAGUUUCCUCUACUGUGUUUUAUAGAGAAAAUUCUAUCUUGUGAUAUUGAGCAUUUGAGACUUAUGAAGGUAUUAGGCCAGAUAGCUCAGGAAUGUAAAGGGUCAGAAAAGAUUUAUUUUCUGUGAUUAACAAAUUCAGUGGAUUCUAUGGUUGACCUUGGUGCUUAAACCAGGAGGUUCCAAUCUAGUCCUAGAGUUCUGUCCCUCUGAAAAGCCCAACUCCAUGUGACUAACAAACUGGAUAUAAACAAAGAGCCUUAUUUAAUUCAUAGAUAAGUUGACAUAUCUCAGUAUUUUUAUUUCAAUUAAUGAAAAUAGUUUUCAACCCCUGGUUACUUACAUAUUGCUGGGCUCCCCAACUGACCAUUGUGGAGACCAAUUAGUGAAGGAAUGAAAUUCACUUUUGGGGGACUGUGGUAUUCUACAGAGCCGCACUUAACCACUUUUUCCAGUGUAGAAUCUACAGAAUGAUAAUAUCCAAAUAUGGAUGGCCAAGAAGAAUUCGUAUCUACAGUGUACUUUAUGUAUUUUUGACACUGCUGUAUGCUGUGUGACCGAGUGACUUGUAACUGGUUCCAGUGUGACUGAGUGUUCUCAAAGAAUUCUAGUAACGGAGUCAACUUAAUUUUCUUAAACCUGGUAUUACUAUUAGUCUCACAUUUACCACUUUGAUUCCAGUCUUUUAACUGUUCAGAUAAGGCAUACCAAGGGUUGGGAUGAGAGCCUACUUCCUACCUCUUAAGGCACUUUCCUCAUUAUUUUGCCAUAUAACCUUGAACUGCAUGAUAAGCUGUUUAAAUGUCCAUGACUUCUCCCAGAGCAACUAGCAAACUAUAUGGCAUUUUGAAUAGAGAUUAGUGGAAAGGAAAACUUAGAGAUUUAAGUUCAGAGGUGCAAACCUUGAGAAAACCUCUUUAGAGCACAUGCCAUUUGAAUACAGUAUAUGUAAACGUAUAUGAGAAGAGAGUUGCUAUAAUAGUCCUCUCUAAGUAGAUUAGUUCAAUAUCUAAUGGAAGUGAACAUUUUUACUCCUAGUAUCGCUAUAGUACUGAAUGAACUGUAUACUGAGUUUUUCAAACAAGUAUUUAAGAUAAAACUUUUAAAUACAAAGCAAGGGCAUAAGGAUAAAGAUUUUGGUUGUGUUUCUGUAAGUGUAGUUUACCAUCUAAAGCUUUGUUUUUUAAUUAAAAAGAAGCUUCAAGGUAAUGGCAUUCCUUAGCAUCCUUAAUGAUUAUGGGUGAUGAGUUUUUAACUCUGAAAAUUAUAUACAUGUAUUAGUUUAUCUUAACUCUUGCCCUAAACAAAAGGGAAGGUAUACAGCUAAGGGAUGUAAUUAUUUUGGAUUUUUGGCCAUGGGUGGGAAAGGGGUGGGUAUCUACUUAAACAGUUUUUAAAAAAGAAAAAAAAUUACAAAUAUUUUUCUACUAUUAUAUAUGAUCUUACUUUAUACUAGUUUCUCUCCAGUAAGGCAUGCCAGAAGCCCAAGGUACCAUAUUAUGAGUUCUUACGUAUUGUACCUUUUAUUGGUAAUUAAAUCACAUCAGAUGCUUGGCAUUGCUGCCAUAAUUAUGAAGUGCUUGUAAAGGAUCAAAUAUCACUGAAUACUUUAAAUUGUUUUACUUAAGAGUCUAAUCUGGGAAGUUUUCAAAUCAUACUAUUAAUGUGUAACCUAAGCUCUUUCAGAUGUAUCCAUGAAUAAUCCUGGAACAAUUGCUUGUAUUCCUGUCAUAGAACAGGUUUUGUAAUCUUUAAAAGAAAUGAAAAUUUAUAUAAUAAAGUUUCAAAUCAAUG